AUGAUUUCCGCGCUUCUUAAGGCCAAGGCUUUCCGCUCCUUCCGCCUUCCGUUUCGCACCCCCGCAUCUCCUGACGCCACCCCCGCAGCGCGAGUCACCUUACCAGCAUCCAUCGCUUCUGUACCUUCUGAACUAUCUUCCCCCGCCAAUACGUUCGCCAUGGCUGCCGUCGCCGCCGCACCUCCAGUGGCAGCAGCGGGAGGUGCGGCAGCGGGCGCGGGAGCAGCGGCGGCGGAGAUUCGGCAACCGCGGAAGGCCGUGCGCAAGCUGCUGUCCAGGGAGCAGGCGGAAGGCGCGGGGGCGCGCGUCAGGCGCAGCAUCGGCAGGCCGGAGCUGCGCCAGCUGGACCCCUUCCUGCUGCUCGACGAGUUCAAAGCGGAGAACGCGGCAGCAGGCUUUCCAGACCAUCCCCACCGAGGCUUUGAAACCGUCUCCUACCUGCUUCAGGGGUCAUUCGUGCACGAGGAUUUCAACGGCCACAAGGGGCAGCUGCAUGCAGGGGACGUGCAGUGGAUGACAGCUGGCAGGGGCGUGGUGCAUUCGGAGAUGCCUGGCGGGGGUCCCACCCACGGGCUGCAGCUCUGGGUCAACCUCGCCGCUAAAGACAAGAUGGUGCCAUCAGCCUACCAGGAGCUAAAGGAUGCCGACAUUCCCAAGGCGUCGCACAACGGCGUGCACGUGGCUGUCAUCGCCGGCACCGCCCUCGGCGCCUCCUCCCCCGUCGCCACGCGCACGCCCACCUCCUACCUCUCCUUCCGCCUCGACCCCGGCGCGCACCUCGCGCAACCGCUCCCCACCGCUUGGAACGCCUUCAUCUACAUGCUCUCAGGAGCCGCUACCAUCGGGGAGAAGGGGGCGGAGCCCACUGGUGCACAUCAUACGGUGGUGCUGGGGGCGGGGGACGGCGUGCACGUGUGGAACGAGGGCGCUGAGGAGUGCCGCUUUGUGCUGAUAGCGGGGCAGCCUAUAGGCGAGCCGGUGGUGCAGUACGGUCCAUUUGUGAUGAACAGGGAAGAGGAGAUCCAGCAGGCUCUCAGUGACUACCGCCGCGGGUCCUGCGCGCUGCUCCCCCCUCUCGUCGCCGUCGGCGCGCUCACCUCUCUCGCGCUCGCAUGCGCCGCCCUCCACUUCUCCCUCCGCCGGCGCCUCCCCCCUCUGCGCGCGCUCAAGCGCGCCGCCGCGCUCUGCCUGCUCUACACGCUCGCGCUCGCGCUCCUCUCGCUCCCCGCGCCCUUUGCGCCCGCAUUCAGCCCCUGCGCUGCCCCGCGCGCGGAUAACAAUGCGGAGGCGGCGCGAGAACUAGGGGAGAAGGACGGGGUAGGCAGCGGAAAUGAGGUGGGCGGAGGGGGGUGGGGCCGUUUUGAAGAAAAUUGGGGAGAUGGCGCAGGAGGCGGAGGGCUGAGCAGAGGGGAGGAGGUGGAGAGAAGGCACGCGGAGGCGGAGGGGGAAGCGACGGGGAAAGCUGGAGAGGCGAGGGCGAGAGGGGCAGGGGAAGAGCGGGAAAUAAUGGAGGGGGAGGUGAAUGCAGGGGCAAAAGGAGAGGUGGCAGGGCGCGGAGGGCGGAGAGGGCGCGGAGGGCGGAGAGGGCGCGGAGGGCGGAGAGGGCGCGGAGGGCGGAGAGGGCGCGGAGGCAGUGCGGCCCACAUCACCUGGCACACUCCCGCCCGCCCCUCAACCACUCUCACCGCCCCACACUCCACCCCCUCGCUUCUUCCUCCCUCUCUGCCUCCCUCCUUGCCACCACCCUCCCCCUCCCUCCAUCCCCCAUCCCCUCCCUCCUCUCCUCCAUUCUCCCCUCCUCCCCACCCCGCCCCGUCCUCCCCCUUCCCACCCUCCUCCCUCCAUCCCUCCCCCACGCUUCCCACUCCAUCGUCAACCCCCCUCUCCCCACCCUCCUCUUCGCCCCUCUCCACCCCACCUGUCCCCCCCACCCCUGCACCGGCGCGCUUCUUCAUCUACCGGCUGGUGGGCAACGACAUGCCGCCGCUGCAGUGCGCGCAGCAGCUGCAGCGCAACACGCUCUACGCGCUGCAGCACGAGCCAGCACACCUGCAGCAGGCGCGGCGCCUGUGGGUGCUGAACCACGUGGUGAACGGCACUGCACUGGCUGACCUGGUUGAAGCCAUGCGGGCUCAUGGGGUCAAGGACGAGGUGUGUGUAUGGGGUGAGCCAAGGGAGGGCGCACCUGCAGCACGCGCGGCGCCUGUGGGUGCUCAACCACAUGCGCAGAACGAGGCGCGCAACUUCAUGUUGGAGCAUGGGCGCACGGAGGGCGCGCAGUGGGUGCUUGCCUUUGAUGGCAACCAGUUCCUCACCGCCGAGGCAUGGCGGUUGAUAGUGCAGGCCGCUGACAGGCACGAGCAGAGGGGCUUUAAGGUGUUCAAGUUCCUCACCGCCGAGGCGUGGCGCCUCAUUGUGCAGGCGGCUGACAGGCACGAGCACAAGGCCUUUAAGGUGUUCAAGGUGCCCAUGUACAGGGUGCACCAGCAGCAGUCCCCCACGUGGCUCAACGCCUCCUCGCUCUUCAUCCAUCUGCGUCGCUUUGCCCCCCACCUGCACGAGAGCCAAGUCGCCUUCCGCACUGAUGCGCCCUACCGCUACCAGCCGGGCAUGGCGUACGGGCAGGACAACAAGAUGGAGCUGCUCACUCGCGUGUGCGGGUCGGGCAAGUUCAGAAAGAAACACUUGCGGCUGUGGCAGCUGCAGGCUCAACAGGCGCAGCAGCAAGCCAAGCUGGCGGAACAGCAGGUCGAGAAAGAGGGGCAGGAUGGGCAGGAGGGGCAGGAAGGGCAUGAGGGGCAGGAGGGGCUGGGGAAGGAGCAGGAACAGCAGGGUCGGGAGAGGACAGUGGGCAUGGCUGAACUGCCUGAGAUACACGACGAUGAUGAUGAUGAUGAUGGGGGAGAGAGCGAGCAGGAGGGGGAGGAGGAGGAGGUUGACAAGGGGCGGUGCGGGUGGCACAGGGAGGUGGGGCUGGACGCGGGGUACCAGCGCGGGAAGCAGCUGGUGGCGUACGAGUGUGGCUACAGCAUCCGCCUCUGGUACUUCCCGUGCGCCCAGGUGGACGUGCAGAGGAUGUUCCUCAAGGCACACUACCGUGCACAGCUGAGAGAGGAGGGCAGACAGCAGCUGCACGCCUUGAUUGAGCGCGCUAUAGAGGAGUCGUCAAGAUCAAGGGGUGGCACAAUACCACGACACAGUAGUUGA